AACCAUCUUUGGACGUUCUUCCUGACGAUCUUCCGAACGAGCUACCGCCAUACCGAACGCAUCAACACGAGAUUGUGGAGGAACCGGGUUCAAAGCCGACCUUCCGAGCACCAUAUCGGCUCAGCCCUACGGAGCUGACCGACAUGAAAAGGCAGAUCGAGUAUCUCCUAGCCAAAGGACUCAUCCGACCAUCCACUUCGCCAUACGGUGCCCCAGUACUCUUCACACCGAAACCGGACGGAAGCAUGCGCAUGUGCAUCGAUUACCGGGCUCUUAACCAGCAGACCAUCAAGAAUAAAUAUCUGAUACCGCGAAUCGAUGACCUACUUGACCAGCUUCGGGGAGCCACGGUAUUUUCCAAACUGGAUCUGUGGUCCGGAUACUGGCAGAUACGGAUGGCGAACAACUCUAUCCACAAAACUGCUUUCCGAACUCGGUACGAAUCGUACGAGUAUUUGGUCAUGCCGUUCGGACUCACCAACGCACCGGCAACAUUCCAAGCCGAGAUGAACCACAUCCUACGCCCACUUUUGGACGAGUGCGUGGUAGUAUACCUGGACGACAUCCUCAUCUACUCGCGUGACAUGAAGCAGCACGUCGAACACCUGCGACGCGUCUUCGAAAUUCUUCGACGAGAACGGUUCUACGUCAAAAUGUCCAAGAGCAAAUUCGCCCUUGAGAAGGUCCAAUUCCUAGGGCACAUGGUGAGCGCUCAAGGAGUUCACGUCGACCCCAAGAAAAUCGAAGCCGUACGUACGUGGAAGACACCCGAGAACGUGAAGGAGUUGCAGCAGUUCCUAGGCUUCGCUAAUUACUAUAACAGGUUCGUCCCAUAGUAUGCGAAACUCGCAACACCACUCACGA